AUGGAGUUUAGCAAUGGAAAUAGCCAACUUUUGUCCAAGCUAGCAACCAGUGAUCAGCAUGGAGAAAAUUCUCCUUAUUUUGAUGGAUGGAAAGCAUAUGAUAAUAACCCUUUUCAUCCUACUCAAAACCCUAAUGGUGUUAUCCAAAUGGGCCUUGCUGAAAAUCAGCUUUCUUUCGAAUUGGUUGAGGAUUGGAUUAAGAAAAAUCCCAGAGCAUCGAUAUGUACUAGCGAAGGAGUUAACGCGUUCAAGGACAUUGCCAUCUUUCAAGAUUAUCAUGGCUUGACGAAAUUUAGAAAUGCUGUGGCAAAUUUUAUGGGAAAUAUAAGAGGCGGUAGAGUUACCUUUGAUCCUGACCGCAUAGUGAUGGCUGGUGGAGCCACCGGAGCUAAUGAGCUGUUAAUGUUUUGUUUGGCUGAUCCUGGAGAUGUAUUUUUGGUCCCAACGCCUUAUUAUCCAGCAUUUGAUAGGGACUUGAGCUGGAGAACUGGGGUGAAACUACUACCUAUUGCCAGUGAAAGCUCGAACAAUUUUCAAAUUACGAUACAAGCACUUGAAGAGGCAUAUGAGAGUGCCCGAAAAGCUAACAUCAAAGUGAAAGGCCUUAUCAUAGCAAAUCCGUCAAAUCCAUUAGGCACCACUAUGGACAGAGACACACUACGAAGCCUGGUAAAGUUUAUAAAUAAAAAGGAAAUUCAUCUGGUGUGUGAUGAAAUAUAUGCAGCCACAAUAUUUCGAGCUCCAGAUUUUGUAAGUAUUUCGGAAAUUAUAGAAGAAGUGGAGUGCAAUCUUGAUUUAAUUCACAUUGUCUAUAGUUUGUCGAAGGACAUGGGGAUUCCAGGUUUCAGGGUGGGGACAGUGUACUCGUACAAUGAUACAGUUGUGACUUGUGGGCGAAAAAUGUCGAGCUUUGGAUUAGUCUCCUCCCAAACACAAUAUUUGCUAGCAUCAAUGUUGGCCGAUGAGGAAUUCAUCAGAAUUUUUUUAACAGAAAGCUCGAAAAGGCUUGGAAACAGGCACAAAAGCUUUACCACUGGACUUGAAGAAGUUGGAAUAAAAUGCUUAGAAAGUAAUGCUGGCCUUUUUUGUUGGAUGGAUUUGCGUCCAUUGCUCAAAGAACCUACAUUUGAAGGUGAAAUGACACUAUGGCGAGUAAUAAUAAACGACGUGAAGCUCAAUGUCUCUCCAGGAUCAUCAUUUCAUUGUAACGAGCCCGGGUGGUUUAGGGUUUGCAUUGCUAAUAUGGAUGAUGAGACAAUGGAAAUUUCUCUUCGAAGAAUUCGAAUGUUUGUGGGCAAAAUUAAGGAACCUGAUUCACAAGUAAAGAAAAAGCGAUGGCAUAAGAAUCUCACGCUUACCUCUCCUUCGAGAAUAUACUAUGAAAAUAACUUGUCACCUCGUAUGAUGUCCCCUCACUCUCCGAUCCCUCGCUCACCACUUGUUUGUUCCAGCACAUGA